ACAUGAAAAUUUUCAUUAGCACUGCUGUGCUACCGCUUCCAAUUUUUUGCUACCGCUACGCCAGAGCAUAGCGCAGAAUUUAAUUUUUUGCUCCCGCUCCAGCUAUAGUUUUUUAACUAACAAAACUCGGAGCAGAGUAGAGCACUUCUUUUACACUGUUAUGCUAAGGCUAUGCUGUGGCUCCCGACAAAGUGAGAGCGGUAGCAAGAGUAAAAUGAAAUGCUACGGGAGUAGCAUAGUUUUUCAAACGCUGGUCACCAGAGCAUGCUAAUAUUACCCCAAAAAUGCUAAUUGAGUUACCAAAUAUUGCUGUAGAGGUGCUCUCUUUUCUCUUCAAUGUAAAUCUAAGUUUCGGAUACUAUCCAAUUUCAUAUAUAAAUUCGCUGAUUAUCUUGAUAGAUAAACCUGAGAAAAACUUUACACUUGACUCCUUUCCUUCACGAAAAUAAUAUAAUACCAACGCACCAAUUCAGGUUUCGUGAAAAACAAAAUAUGAUAGAGCACGUAAAUAGAAUUACUAACGAAAUAAGAAAAGCAUUUGAGCACAGAGAGUAAUGUUCAGCUAUAUUUCAAGACGUGGCUCAGUCAUUUAACCCUUCUGCACAAAUUGGGUCAAAAUGACCCAAAUUUAAGAAACAAACACGUAUUACCAUGCCUUAGGAUGGCUAAUUGCUUAUAAAACCAUUUUGAUAUCCUCAGUCUGAGUCUUAUGGUGAGUUGUACGUACACAUUUUUUUUCCAGGACGAGCCAGUUUUUUUACAUAAUUUUUUAAAAACUUUUCGUACGCGUAUACAAUUUGUGGGUCAUUUUGACCACCAAGAAAAUUUUUACUCAAAUGUGACUAAACAAAAAAAGCGUGCUAGUGCUCAUUUGUGAAUUUUGCGGUGCCUAGUGAUAACGGUAUUGAACUUUAUUUUCUGAUUUUUUUUUAUGCUAUGUAUGUACGUAUGUAUAUAGUUGGUGAAUUUUGUUUUGCUCUGGGAUAACUGUAUUCUACUACAUACAGCAAACAUACGUACAAGCUUAUGAAAAUGUUGUCAGUUGUGUGAUUUAUUUGAACUGUGAAGACGCUCGUGUAGACAAUUUUUUUGCUCAGUGAUAUGCGAAUGUAAAAAUCUGUGCCAUUAAAAUGCAGCGAAGAAACCAGAUUCUAUCACGGCAAAGAAUUGAAGAAAUUUUCAAUGAUGAUGACGAGUCACUUGAUGAAGCGUCUGAUGAAGAUCAAGAUUUUCGAUGUGAUGAAUCUGAAAUAAAUGAGUCUGAUAUAUCUACAGAUUCUUUUGAUAGCGUUGAAAGUCUUAGCAGAGAAACACAAGGAAAUAAGGAAUGUUUUCCUGCAAAAGAUGGUACGAUUGUUUGGUAUAAAGAUCCUCAACAAAUGCAAUGCAGCAGAAUGCGACAAGAAUGCAUUCUUUCAAAUAAACCAGGCCCUUCACAACACGCACGUUCCUUGGUUGCUAGCAUAAAAGGUGCUUUCGAUUUAUUCAUUUCACUAGAACUGAAACAAAUUAUUGUUGAAAUGACCAACCUCAAGGGCGUGCAGUUAUAUGAAAGUAAGUGGGAGAUCAUUGAUAUAAUGGAACUGGAAGCAUACUUUGGGCUGCAGAUCAUGGCUGGUGUUUCCAAGUCUAACGGGGAAAGCUUGAGAUGUUUAUGGGAUGAAACAAAUGGAAGACCCAUAUUCCGCGCUGUUAUGCAUAUUGAACGAUUUAUGCAAAUUUCACGAUACCUCCGUUUUGAUAGCCAUGAAGAUAGGGAAACCAGACGGUUACGUGAUAAGCUAGCUCCAAUAAGAAAUAUUUGGGACAAAUGGAGCAAAAAUCUUAAACUGAUGUAUAAUCCAAAUGAAAAUGUGACCGUCGAUGAGCAGCUGGUACCUUUUCGUGGAAGAUGCUGUUUUAGACAGUACAUACCUUCCAAACCUGCCAAAUAUGGCAUAAAAAUAUGGGCUCUUUGCGAUUCCAAGUCCAACUACGCAUGGAAUAUGGAUGUCUAUCUAGGAAGGGCCAGAAAUACUCAGCCAGAAAAGAAUCAAGGUAAAAGCUAUCAACAUGAGAAAAAUAGCAGUGAAACAAAUAAUACAAAAAUAUUUUCUUUAGGUGAAAAUGUAGUUAUAAAUCUCACACGCAAUUUGGGGAGAGGUUAUACCGUCACGUGUGACAACUUUUUUACAACCUACAAUUUGGCUGUCGAAUUGCUACGACGUAAAAUAACGGUAGUAGGAACAGUUAGAAAGAACAAGAAGUUUCUUCCCCUCCAAGCUAUUGACGUCAGGAAAAAACCAGAGUAUUAUUCGGAAUUCUUUUUCACACAAAAUGUGACUGUUGUGACCUAUAUGCCAAAGAAAUACAAAUUCGUUGUUGCAAUGAGUACUCUUCAUCAUUCGGCAGAGACUAGGGCUGAUCAGAAAAAGAAACCAGAAAUAAUACAUCACUAUAAUGCGACUAAAGCAGGUGUUGAUGGGCUGGACCAAUUAGUAGCAACGUACACAUGUAAACGCCAAACGAAACGAUGGCCAGUUGCACUCUUUUCCAAUAUGGUCGAUGUUUCGGGAUAUAACGCAUAUGUUAUAUGGACCGAACUUAAUCCCGAAUGGAACAGAUUAUUGUCCACAUACUAAAAACUCCAACAAGCAUUCAGUUCGUUGCGAUAAAUGCUUGAAAUUUAUAUGCAAACAACAUAGUGUAAAGGCAGUUAUAUGUAUAAAUUGUCAGAAUUGAUGUAUUUUUUACUGAGUCCUAUUGAAAACAAUUUUGAAUUUGUUAAUUUUAUGUUUGAAUAAUAAAAAAAAUGAGUUUGCCAUUAUAAUUUUAACAUACUGACGUGUUUUUGCUAUUGGGUCAUAUUGACCCACAAAUUGUUUAUGAGGGGUACAAUCUCAAUUUGUGCAGAAGGGUUAAUAAGGUGUGGCAUGAAAGCCUCUUAAAUAAGAUUAAAAACAUUCUACCUUUAUAAUUUUAUGAAACAUUGGAGUCUUAUAUAAUAGGGUGGGUCGAUUCCGGACUUUUUUCGAUUCGGUAUUUCUAAUAGUGCGGAAAAGUUGCCUUAGUACUUCCUGAUUCCAAUGCCACUUUUUGUUUUGAGAUCGGAUUGCAUCUUCAACCCCAACUCCGGCCUUGAAAUUUCGGAAAUUCGCCUAAAAUCGUGAAAUUGUCUACCUAGCUCCUGAAAUACGCAUCUCAUGGCAAAAUGUAUGAAACAAAAGUUAUUUGUCACGUCAUUUGCUUCCGAAAUGUGAUCAUGGCCGUAGGACGAACCGUUCCCGAGAUACGAGCGAAAAGGCGGCGCGCCACAGCGCAAGGUGAAAAUUGUUGCAGCUCUCAGCUAACCUGUAUUGGUCACCCAGAACCCACCGCGUGGAUGUGGCUGCUCUUCGGGUUCCUCCCAAGCCCAACCCAACCAACCAACCAUAUGUCAGGCUUGUUUUAGUCUAAAUCUGUGUCAAAUUUAUUGAUAAAUCAGAUUUUGUACUAAACGUUGGCACUUGUUGCCUAGAUUUCAGUGUAGAGCGUAUAAAACGAUCACGGGAUUGGGGGCCAAUAACUUUAGAAGAUGCCUCUGUCACCAGUUUGACGGUUCUCUCGACUGCCACGGUGUGAGAGGGGAAUUCACUAAAUUUCCAUACCUCUGCAGUGUCUCCCGAUAGCCCUUUUAUGAGUUCUUCGUUAGAAACUGAACAAAGAACUGGUGGAACAGUCAGGGUAAUAGUCUGCCAGUUAAUCAUAU